AUGGCCCCUGACGCUGGCACUCGUGGGGUGAUUGAAACCCUCCCCGGAUCCUUACCCAUGUCUGUUGUGCCGGAUGAUGUGAACCCUGAGCUCGUCGCGGUUUCGUGCAUCUCAUGUCUGCAUUCGCUCACCGAUGCUGACUUCAUACGUGAUGCGCUGUGGAAGGACCUAUACGCUCUAACAGGACUUCCAAGAACAUUUUCGACCGCGAAAGCAAUAGAAACAGCUUGGAACGACGUUUUCAGCACCCAUAAACCUUUUGACUUCACGUUCACUCCAGGGACAGCGGAGGUUGUGCGGAAAACUCCCAAAUUAUCCUGGGUGGAAGGUAGAUUUACGUUCCGCACAAAAAGUUGCCCAGCGUCUUUCUGUUCCGGAAUGGUCUCGCUCGUACCCGAUGGAGGAAACACAUGGAAAAUAUGGAUAUUGAGGACCAUUCUCGAGCGGCUUGAAGGGCAUCCUGAUGUCGAUGUACCAAAUCCACAGACACCGAUCAUCAACUGGGAAGCCAACGAGUUUGACUGUCUGGUUGUGGGUGCUGGCCAGUGUGGAUUAUCCACUGCGGGACGGUUGCAGUCAUUGGGGGUUAACUACCUUCUGAUUGAUAAGAACGAUAACAUCGGGGAUAACUGGCUUUUGAGAUACGACUCAAUGAAGUUACACACUGUCAGAGCGUAUGCGCACCUCCCAUUUGAGCGGACGUUUUCUGGCGACUCCUAUCCAGAGCUCCUGUCCAAGUACGAUCUUGCCAAGUGCUAUAAAGGUAUGGGCCGACAAGCUCGGCAUUGUGAGUCCAAGGGCUUGGUCCUCCUUUCUGUUGACUAUAAAUCUGCAUCUCAAUGGAAGGGCAAAUCAGCAGUGGUUGUGGGGUCUGCGAACACAGCUCAUGAUGUAUGUGACGACAUGGUCGAAGCCGGCCUCUCCUCCGUCACAAUGGUACAGAGGGGACAGACAUUCAUCCUGCCUUUUGAAUACUACCAGCAAGGAGCCAUGAGUAAGUUAACGGAUGCGAUACAUGAGAUGUUGAUGUCAAACAGCCCUAACAAACAACAAGCGAGAUACAACGAUACCUUUCCCACGAACCUAGCCGACAGGAUUGAAUAUUCGACGCCGCUUUCAAUAGUCAACAAAAUCGUCACGCCCCGUUUUAAUGACAUGAUGAGUCAAGAUACCGAACGACUCGACGCUCUAGAGCGUGUGGGGUUCAGAGUGAAAAGAUGCGGCAAUCCGUUAUCUACAUUAUACGAGGAGGGCGGCCGGCACAUCGGCGAAGGUUGCCCAGCGUUUGUGAAGUCAGAUGCCGUGAUAACCGGAUACAGUAAAGAUGGCCUCAUAUUUAAUGAUGGCUCCGAACUUAAAGCCGAUAUCAUCCUCCUGGCGACAGGGUUUGAAAUGUCCUUUGGUCCCACCAUUGCUAGAAUCCUGGGUGCUGAUGUCGCGGCCCAGCUUGAGGAGUUUUGGGGGCUUGACGAAGAAGGCGAAGUUCGAGGGGCGUGGAAACCGCUUGGCCAACUCUUAGAUCCUGGAUUAUGGUAUAUGGGUGGUCCCUUCGGACAUAGUCGUUUCUUCUCUCGAUUCGUGUCCAUGCAAAUCAAAGCGGAGCUGGCUGGAACGCCGCUGGCCGUUUACCGCCGCACACCAAAUAAUGAGGGCACUGCCAAAGAAAACGUCAAGCUCGAAAUUGGCUUCCAUAUCUGGGUUACAAACCCUAAUUCAGUAAAGCGCCUAGUCACUAUACAGCUAAACCAAUGUUACCGCUUGAACAGACAACAGCUACAUGUACUAUCGGACCAGCAGAGCAGCGGACAUUCUUUUAUUGAUAGCCCGUCAUGA